GUCCAUAUCAUAUAAUAUAUAUUCAUAUUUGGAUUUUAAAAUCAUUGAAUUAAAAAGAAAAAGAAAAACCGGGAGCCCUAACCACAAAGCUUCAAUCUUGAUAACUCCCUCUAUAUCACGGGCUUUUCCGUUUUCCCUUUCACAGCAUUGAUUCUUCACCGGAGCUUCCACCGCCAGCUCCCCGGAAAAUGUCUUUCCUUCAUUUUCAUUGAAUAACUAAAAUGAGAGAAGAACGGGGUCCGAGAUCUGCAGAAACGGACCCCUUUAAGUCCCCGGAUUUCUCACUCAACACUCCUACACUCCGCCAAGUAAUUUUACUCAUUUCUUCCUUGAUAUCUCUUUCUCAUUCUGUUAAAGUAUUUGCUUCCAAAUGGAAGCUUAUCCGUGACAAGCUUGAAGAAUUGAAUUCCGGCUUAAUCGCUGCCGAUAACUGUGAUUCCGACGAAAAUCCCGCUAUCUCAGACCUAAUUCGGAAGGUGAUUCUCACGGCUACUGAAUGCAACGAUCUCGCUCGCCGUUGUGUUGACCUCUCUUUCAGUGGGAAGCUUUUGAUGCAGAGUGAUUUGGAUGUAAUCUGUGCGAAAUUUGACCGCCAUGCGAAGAAGCUUUCGGAUAUAUAUACAGCCGGCAUUUUGUCGCAAGGCUUCGCCAUCGUCGUUUCUAGGCCUGGGCUUGGAGCUUGUAAGGAUGAUAUGAGGUUUUAUGUGAGGGAUAUUGUAACGAGAAUGAAGAUUGGCUGUUCAGAUCUGAAGAGACAAGCUCUCGUUAAUCUGCUCGCUGCUGUAACCGAAGACGAAAAGUAUGUGAAAGUAAUAAUAGAAAUCGGAGAGAUAGUGAAUCUCCUUGUUAAUUUUCUUGGUUCUCCCGAGACGGAACUCCAAGAAGCAGCUCUGAAAGUGCUUCAUAUAAUUUCAGGGUUUGAUUCUUAUAAAGCAGUUCUAGUUGGGAAUGGGGUAAUUGCGCCAUUGAUUCGCGUUAUGGAAUGUGGGAGCGAGGUGGGGAAGAACAUAGCCGCAAGGUGUUUGUUGAAAUUCACGGAGAAUUCUGAAAAUGCUUGGUCUGUAUCUGCUCAUGGCGGAGUAACAGCUUUGUUAAAAAUCUGUUCCAAUGCUGAUUCCAAAGCAGAACUGAUCAGCCCUGCUUGUGGGGUGCUCGGUAAUCUCGUUGGUGUUGAAGAAAUCAAGAGAUUUAUGAUUGAAGAAGAUGCAAUUUCAACGUUUAUUAGCCUCGCUCAAUCUAGAGACGAAGCUGUGCAGAUAAAUUCCAUAGUCUUUCUCCAAAAUAUAGCAUAUGGGGAUGAAUCCGUUAACAAAUUGCUGGUUAAAGAAGGAGGAAUUCGUGCUUUAGUUCGUGUUAUGGAUCCAAAAUCUUCGUCCUCAUCCAAAACCCUAGAAGUCACGAUGCGAGCAAUUGAAAACCUCUGUUUCUCAUCAAUUAGUAAUGUAAAUACUUUGAUUAACUACGGGUUCAUGGAUAACCUUCUUUAUUUCUUACGAGAUGGGGAAGUUUCUCUUCAAGAAGUAGCUCUAAAAGUUGCAGUUAGGCUUUGUGGGACAUCAGAGGAAGCCAAGAAAGCAAUGGGGGAUGGUGGUUUCAUGCCAGAAUUCAUCAAAUUUCUUGGUGCAAAAUCCUUUGAAGUUCGAGAAAUGGCAGCCGAGGCACUCUCAGGAAUGGUCACAAUCCCUAAAAACAGGAAGAGGUUUGCUCAAGACAAUCGAAAUAUAGAGAUGCUUCUGCAAAUGCUGGACAUAGAAGAAGGAAAUUCAGGUAACAAAAGAUUCCUCCUUUCAAUAUUAAACUCAUUAACAGGAAGCAGUAGUGGAAGAAGAAAGAUUGUGAAUUCUGGGUAUAUGAAAAACAUUGAAAAACUUGCAGAAGCUGAAGUUUAUGAUGCUAAGAAACUCGUUAGGAAAUUGUCCACAAAUAAAUUCCGUAGUCUGUUAAAUGGAAUCUGGAAUUCUUGAAUGUAAUAAUCCCUGUUUGUAAUAUCCUUUUCUUCAUCUUCUUCUUACAUAAUUUUGUUUAUUAAAAAUCAAUACCUCAUUUGAUUCACAAA